CGCGUGUAGCAGAAGACAUCCUGGAAACACUUCUACAACAUCUCACAAAACUGCAGUAACUCGAAUAACUAUAAUAUUCUGGUAUACUGAUUAUUGUUUGAUUGUAUUCAGUGUCGAAAGUGUUGUAAGAGUUCGCUAACAAGCCAGAGAUUUACCAAAGAACAUGAGUGAUGCUAAAGAUGAGACGGACAAGUCAAAUAAUAAACAGAAGAAAGAAGGCAAGAAACGUCCUUUUGACUUCUCAGUUCACCCAAAGCGACAUGUGGCUCUGAGAAUGGCCUAUCUGGGAUGGGACUACCAGGGCUUUGCAGUUCAGGAGAAUACAGACAACACCGUGGAGGCCAGACUGUUUGAAGCUCUCCUCAAAACAAGACUCAUCCAGGACCGACAGAGUUCAAACUAUCACCGCUGUGGCCGCACGGAUAAAGGAGUCAGUGCCUUUUCCCAGGUCAUAAGCAUUGACUUGCGUUCCAAUCAGUUUUGUGGAGGACUGGGCGUGAUAGUUCCUGAAAAUGUGGGUGUUCCUGCAGCCGAGGACAAAACGACACUUCCAGAGCUUCCGUAUGUAAAGAUGCUGAACAGGGUGCUGCCUCAGGAUAUAAGGGUUUUGGACUGGUCUCCCGCAGCACAAGGCUUCAGUGCACGUUUUGACUGUCAGUCCAGAACAUACAGAUACUAUUUCCCCAGAGGGUGCUUGGAUGUGGAGCUUAUGACUGAAGCUGCAAAAAGAUAUGAAGGAACACAUGAUUUCCGUAACCUGUGUAAAAUGGAUGUUGGUAACGGCGUGCUUCAGUUCGAGAGGACCAUUCUGUCUGCUUCAGUGAGACCGGCUAAACCACAGACAGCCAGCAGCACAGACCCAUACGAGCUCUUUAUUUUUGAGAUUAAAGGACUAGCCUUCCUUUAUCACCAGGUGCGGUGCAUGAUGGCAGUGCUUCUUUUAAUAGGGCAAAAACUGGAAGAUCCUGAUAUAAUUGACCAACUGAUGGAUGUUACGAAAAACCCCAGGAAGCCCCAAUACAACAUGGCAGUGGACUACCCGCUUGUCCUGUUCGAUUGUCAUUUUGACAGUUUGAGUUGGACACAAGAGAAGGAGGAAGUGAACUACACUUUGGCAAUGUUACAGCAACACUGGACACAGAGUGCAGUCAGAGCUAGUGUCCUGUUUGGGAUGCUCCAGGAUUUGGAAGCAAAAGGCGCUGAACCACCAAACCACUGCUUGCUUCUUGAAGGUACAAGACAGAAAAAUUAUAAGCCUUUAUUGGAGCGCCCCUGCUGUGAGAGCUUGGAGUCGAGGAUAAAUCAUUUUGUGAAAAGAGGCAGACUGGAACGUGAAGAAGGAGAGAACGGGGAUGAAACUGUUUACAAAGGAAAACGUUCAAAACAUAUUCACAAUUCUUCUAGUCCUUCAACAGACUCUAGAAAUAAAUAAUAAGGCAACAACUUUUCACAUUAUUGCCUCAGAAUGCUUGCAAUGUAUAUAUUUUGAGUUGGUUUUAUUU